AUGACGCAAGCACUGGAGCAGACGAAUGGAAUCAAGGUGGAUAGGGAUGCGACGAAAGCAGGGACAGUGCCAAGGAUGAACUUUACGACUGGACCGGGUCUUACAGCAAGAAACAGGUUAUGGAACGAUAAGGAUGAUGAUAAUGCUGCUAGUGACAACAAUUGUAGUAGCCAAAAGGAGAAAACAGCGUGGAUUCGUGCAAUGCCAAGGGAUCUGAAUCCAAUGGGGUUUGAACUGGAAUCUGUACAGAAAAUACUGGAAAAACAUGAUUGUGACUCAAUGGAAUCUCAAGAUGAACAAAAUAAAACAGCUGUCGAGCUGGUGAAAGAAAAGCUGACGGUUGAGAAGGACAAAGUCAUGGACGACGUUGUGAGAGUUAAUUUGGACGAACUUCCGGAUACACCAUGUCUCUCUAGCAACUCAAAGAGUCUUAGCAAGUGUGCUAGUGUUUAUAGUUCCAGUAGCAUUGCAACGGUUUCAUCGUCCUCGUCAUUGUUUGGAGAUACAGAUGAAUUAGUUUUGAAGCCUCAGCAUUCGUGGACUUCACCGAAAAGCGUGUCAAUUGUCAAACGGCGUCCGUCACUUGAGCGGCAAAACAGCAGUCCUACUGAAGAAGUUUUUGCAAGAUCAGCAGGUUUUCUUCGCAAGUCCAAUCGCACCAUGUCUGCGCGGUUGAGUGUGAGCGAUCUUGGUCUUUUAUGUAACGACGAUGAUGUUGACAGCGGUAACCUAACACCAGAAGCGACUCUCUUAGAUGAUGUUCAUAGUCGGCAAAAGAACUUGAGAAGCAGCCAGGGCCACGUCGAUGGUCUUGCUGAUGAUGAAGGGCCAACAGUUUCGGCAAAAGUUCAAAGCCAGCGUGACCUCUUUGCUGAUGUUGAUAAAGCGCUUAAAGCAAAAGCCAAACAAAAAAAUUCUGAUACUGACCUGGUUGAUGGAGAUACGGCGGACGCGGACAGCUUCACAUACGGCGAAUUUCUGCAACGAAUUAGCCAACGUGCCUCCCGAGAUAUUUUGGACAAAAUGCGCAUGUUCGUAGGUUCGAUUCUAGGACCUCGUGGCGAUGGUCGUCCUCCACGCUCGACAGACUAUAUUGGAUACGACUUCUAUGGAACACACGAGCUCCGACGCCGAUGCAACCACUUUUUUGAAAGCAUGGGGGACAUGCUACUAAACCAUCCUGCUUGGCGUCAUGCAUCUGAUUCCAAACUAGCCAAGGCGCGUGAUGGUAUUGAAAAAUAUGUAAUGGACAAAGUAUCCGAUAUUGCAUUUAAUCGACUGAAGGAGUGUCGUCAUUGGGUAAAAGAGGAUGAAGCGCUGGUUCGACGAAUGCAGCUAUUGUCGUUCAUUACGCCAGCGAUGUUGGAUAUCAAACCGUGCAUGCGCAACGAAGUUGUAUGGUCGAUGGCCGAAGAUGAGCUGCGGCGUAUUAAUUCGUUCCGUUCACCAGGGGACAAAAUUAAUUGUAUUGUUCGGUGCUGCGGCGUAAUUUUUAGCGUUCUCAAUUUGUCAAGAGGGGAAUCAGGCAGCCGACCAGGUGCCGACGACUUCCUACCAGUUUUUAUCUACAUCGUUUUGCACUCACAAAUUCCGAGACUCUAUUCCAACUGCGAGUACAUUUCAGCCUACCGAAACCAAGCUGACCUGAUGUCAAAGGCUGGAUACUGCUUUGUAAAUUUACGCAGCGCACUUGAGUUUAUAAUGGUAAUGGAUGGAUCCAUGCUAUCCAUUUCGGAUGACGAGUUCCAACGGCUGUAUUUUGAAAGAGAGAAGAAUUUGCUAUAG